CGCAUUAAAAAUUUCAUUCGUCUGGACAGAAAAGAUAAAGAUAUGAUAAAGAAAAUAAGUGUCACUGAAAUAAUUCAUUAAAAAUUAAAUAUUCAGUGAAUCUAUUGUAAAAAUACUAACUAGAAUCGUUCAACUACAACUCAUCAUAUUUGGAGACAAUGAAGGAUAAAAUUCUACCGGGUAUAUUUUUUUCUAUAUUCUUAGCUGUCACCAUAAAGGAACUUCUCACCGAAACUCCUCAGAAUGAUAAAGUAAUCCCUGAAACCAAACUGAAUAUGCGUCACACGAACGUCCCUACGAUCACUAUUCAAUAUUGUCAUUCAUGCGGAUAUCAAAAGGCAUUCCAAGAAUACGCUCAGAUUUUAAAAGAAAAAUAUCCUAAUAUCGACGUACACGGAGAAUAUUACGAGUCUAAUGGUUUAUACACUCUGCUAGCUAGAUUUUUGAAUUUCAGUCGAAUGGUAUUAAUCAUUCUGAUAAUACUGCAGAAAAAUGUAUUCCUUAUGCUAGGCUGGCAAACUCCUAAUUGGUGGAUGUGGUGUUUGAAUAAUAAAAUCUACGCCUGCCUUACCAUAUUCUUUUUCUCAAAUAUGUUCGAAAACAUGUUGAUCUCAUCUGGUGCAUUUGAAAUAUCAAUGGAUGGUGUGCCUUUAUGGUCUAAAAUCGAUAGUGGUAGAGUACCUCAACCCAAAGAAUUAUUCCGUAUAAUCGAUAGUCAGAUGAACUUCGAACACACGAUUAAUUUUGAACCUUCGUACGCGACUUGAAAAUCAUCGGCUGGAAUGACGUGGUAUUCAGAUUGACGCUCCUCAGUUGUAAAUUUAUUCCCAUUACAUCAAUGUGAAUUGUGAUAAACUUUAAGGUAUUCCUUAUUCGUUUGGUGUUCAUUAUAUUUUUUAUGAAAAAUUUUACAAAUAUCGCCUCAUGUGUGUGUUUAUUCUGGAUUUGCUUCGUAAGAGAUAAGAUUUAAAUAGUCAUUCUGGGUAUACGGUAUAGUAUAAUUGAAUCCCCGCGUUGUUUAUUUCGAGAAUAAUGUCAGUUAAAUAGAGUAUGCUUCGAUUCAGCUGGUUACUGAUCCUUUUUUUUUUCUGCGAUUAUAUAGUAAGAAGUAUUUUACCUUAUAUUUUGUUUUGGAUAAACCUUAUACAGUUGUAUAAUUUUUAUAUAUUGUUAUUUGUAAAUAUGUGUAGUCAAAUUUUCUUUAGUAAAUUUACUUUUUAAUGGCGGAAAAUAUACGUUUUAAUGAAAACUA